AUGUCCGACUCAACUCUUUACCUCUACACCUCCCUAACAGCAGGGUCAUCGCACAUUGUCACCGCAACGGCCCGUAUAGAAACAAUCCUUAAGGCAAACAAGUUACCCUUCCGCGCCAUUGAUGUCGCCACAGACGAUGCCGCCCGUAAACUGUGGGGUCGACGCUCCAAGGGCAAGAAAUUGCCAGGACUAGUCAAGUACGGCGACAUAGUAGGCGACCUAGAAGAGAUCGAAGAAUGGAACGAAUUCGGCGAAUUGCGCAUGGUCGUAAAGAACGUCCCAGAUCUAGACGGCAUGCCAGCAACUAGCUACCCAGCACCAGCAGGAAAUGCAAAUGAAAACUCGCAAGCCACCUCCACACCUAAAGAGCCCGAACCCAAAACACCCAAACCCUCUACGAUCAAGAUCCAAAGCCCCCCUGCCAAACAAGAAGAACAAAAAGACAGCACCGCAGUCCUAGCACUUCGUCAAGCAAGCGCCGAAGCAGCUUCAAAGGCGAAAGACCUAAAAAGCGAUAAGAAAGAAGAGAAGGGCAGUACCACUACCACCGAGAACGAACAACCUACCUCCAACAGCCCAACAAGCAAACCCCGUAAAGCUUCCGUCGCGCCCGAGUUACCCGAUACAGCGCCCGACUCCCCCAAGGGCGUUAAGCGACCUGCUCUCGUUCCAGAAGAAGCAGCCGUCUCAUCUGCAAACUUCCACGCUGAUAAUGCCGAGAUGCUAGGUCUCGUGGAACAUCAUCGGGGGUCGAUAAUUUCGAACAUGGACAAGGAGGAGCAGGAUAAGGCUGUGAAAGAGAUCCGAUCGUCUAUUUCUGCGGAGGUUCCGCCUGGAUCGAUUGAUGCUUUGCGGAAGGAGGCGGCGGCGAAACCGAAGCAGGACAGCGUGACUAUUGAGGAGAGUCCGAUUGCUGAAGCUGCGGUGGAGGAAGAGGAGUCUAUGACUAAGAAGGCUGAGACUGGGCCUGCUGCAGAGACUAAGGAUGUUGCUACGACGGAGUCCACUGAUGAGGAGUCUACUGAUGAGGAGGAGGGGGAAGAGGAAGAUGAAGAGGAGGAGUUGAAGAAGAAGAAGAAGGAGAUCGAUGCUGAUAAAGAUGCCAAGGGCAAGGUCGAGGCCGAGGCUAAGACUAAGACUACGACUUCUGCUCCGGCGGACCCCGCGUCUGCAUCUGCAUCUGCAUCUGCAUCUGCGGAGACGAAGGAGACUACGUCAGCGACGCAGUGA